AUGGCCAACCGAAUCCCGGAAGCCACCCUGGAUGAGGUCCAGGAUAUCCUCGGCUGGACCUUCGAGGAACCGGGGCUGUUGGCGACUGCCCUGCAGGCGGGCCACGGCUACUACGAUAGCGAGCCCCAGAGAUGCCUCGCUCUUGUCGGUGACGCUGUGAUCCGACUGCUUCACUACCACGAUGGCAUCCGCCGGCUUCAAACUGCUCGCGAGAUCUCCGAGCUCCAGAGCAUCAAGGGCAGCAACAGAAACCUUGCCGAGAAAGGUUUCUUCCUGGGUCUGGAUCGCUUCCUGGCUGAGGUCCGUGAGAGCAACAACGCCGUACCGGUGGGCACCAAGAAGAUGGCCACCACCGUGGAGGCUCUCAUCGGUGCUGUCUAUCUGGACAGCUACCGACACCCCACCCGCCGGAAUACCAUCGAUGAUGCUGGAAGCGCCGCCGCGAACCUCUUCCUCUUCGACUGGCCCCGGGAAGAAGAUUAUUGA